AUGCGGCGGCGCUGGUGGUGGCGGCCGGCGGCAGCGGAGCGGGGAGCGAUGCGGUGCUGCGCGGCGGCGCCCUGGCCGCAGAGCGGCGGCGCCCUCACCACGCUGCUGCUCACAGCUUUUUUGUUAAGCUCUGCUGAUGGCAUAAAUGGAACAGUUAACUGGAAGACUAAGCAAGCCAACAGUUAUAUUAUCAGCAGAAUAAAGGCUGUUGAGAAGAAUGUGUACACGAUUCUGUCUAAGGUGCACUCUGAUCGGAAUGUAUACCCUUCUGCUGGAGUUCUUUUUGUUCAUGUUUUGGAGAGAGAGUACUUUAAGGGGGAAUUUCCUCCUUACCCAAAGCCUGGUGAAGUAAGUAAUGAUCCUAUAACAUUUAAUACCAACUUAAUGGGGUACCCAGACAGACCUGGAUGGCUACGCUACAUACAAAGGACACCGUACAGCGAUGGAGUUCUGUAUGGCUCACCAACCCUAGAAAAUGUGGGCAAACCAACCAUCAUUGAGAUCACUGCGUAUAACAGGCGUACAUUUGAGACUGCAAGACAUAAUUUGAUCAUUAAUAUAAUGUCAGCAGAAGAUUUUCCUUUGCCAUAUCAAGCAGAGUUCUUCAUCAGGAAUAUGAAUGUAGAAGAAAUGCUGGCGAGUGAAGUCCUGGGAGACUUUCUUGGAGCAGUGAAAAACGUGUGGCAGCCGGAGCGCUUGAAUGCUAUAAACAUCACUUCAGCCCUGGAUAGGGGAGGGAGGGUUCCCCUUCCUAUCAAUGACAUGAAAGAGGGUGUGUAUGUUAUGGUCGGCGCAGAUGUCCCUUUCUCCUCAUGCUUGCGAGAGGUUGAAAACCCACAGAAUCAGUUGAGAUGUAGCCAGGAAAUGGAGCCUUUAAUAACCUGCGAUAAAAAAUUUCGUACCCAGUUCCACAUUGACUGGUGCAAAAUCUCCUUGGUUGACAAUACCAAACAAGUGUCCACCUUCCAGGAGGUGAUUCGUGGAGAGGGGAUAUUACCCGAUGGAGGAGAAUACAAACCUCCUUCGGAUACCCUCAAGAGCAGAGACUAUUACUCGGAUUUCCUGGUGACGCUGGCGGUGCCCUCGGCAGUAGCACUGGUGCUUUUCCUCAUUCUUGCCUAUAUCAUGUGCUGCCGACGGGAAGGAGUCAUCCAGCUGGUCCACCACAGCGCUAUCCAGAAGUCCACCAAGGAGCUCCGUGACCUGUCCAAGAACAGGGAGAUCGCCUGGCCCCUCUCCACGCUGCCCGUCUUCCACCCGGUGACGGGCGAGGUGGUGGCGCCGCUGCCCGCCGACGCCUACGACCACACCAGCAUGCCGCUGAUGCAGACCCAGCAGAACCUGCCCCACCAAACUCAGAUCCCGCAGCCGCAGACUGCAGGAGAAUUCCGUAUGACAACAUUUCAGAGGUUUGAGGUCAAUGGCAUUCCUGAGGAGCGCAAGCCGAGCCACGGCAGGCACCUGUAAGCGGAGGGGCAGCGCGGCCCCUCGGUACGGGGCACCUGUGGGGACUUUGUAACACAGAGGACGUUUUAUAUUUGUUACGGCGAGAAAAUCAUCUUUCAAAUACACGUAUUGGUAACUGUCAGCGUUUCUCCUGUCUCGCGAUCGCACCUGGGAGCUGUAAUGGGGAAGACAAAACUUCAACAUAAGCAAAAAGUUCACAGGACUUCAGACUGUUCUAGGGGAUGAUCUAAGUGCCUCCCAUUUGCAGCCCAAAAGCAGCAUGGAAGUGCUUUGUGCAAAAGCGAGGCUUAGAAAUUCCCCGUUUAUUUGGCAUUCAUUUUCGAGACAAGGAAAGUGCAAUGAGCCAAGUUAUUUUUGCAGAAAAGCUUAACUGUUCAUGGUGGAAGUUGGGGGUUUUGUUCCUCUACCAUACAUUUAACACAUUUGACAAGAUGUAAGCAAUAAAAUAAUUAAAAUCUGUCCAUUCAUUCAAUUAUGUUAGAAGAAACUGUCUCAAACUACUGUAAGCARAAAUUAAUGUACUUGAAUAAUAGUAAAUUUUGUUUUAGCAAAUAGGGGGUAACUAACUUCUUAGUCCCCUUGAAAAUAUGUUCUAAAAGUACUGUUUGUGAUGAGGUUUUUUUGAUGCCACGAUACAAUUUGACAUUUUCUAUCUUCUUUAUUCUUCUUGAGUAAAAACACUCMCGAGGGAACCUACACCUCCCUAAACGAAGGAUUAUCUCUGAGGUUCUCAAAAUGAACCGCAGUGGAUGGUAAGGAGCUGAGGAGCUGCCUGUUGGUCAGGCCACUGCUGUUGAAGCACCAAGCAGCAUCAAUUCCUGAAUUUCCUUUCUGCAUUUCCUUACCCAAGUAGCUCCUUCCCGACCUUUGCUGACUUGGCUCGCAGAAAGUGAGACUGCCUUAGGAGAGGGAGCUUCCUGAGGCUAAGGAGAAACUGUAAAAAUAAGGGUUUUAUGUUAUUCAYGGAAGGACCAAAGUAGCUCUGGCCUUUUAUCAUUAUGCCCCUCCCCUUUUCUUUUUAAAAACACUCUUUAAUUUCAAAAACCCUGUUGCUUUUUAAGCCAACAAACAGGGAUGUCGUCAGAGCCGAAGGCAGCUCUGCUGCAGCUGAUUAAGGGCUGAGAUUCUUCUUAGAUACUUCUGUGGGACAGAUGAUAGAUAGAAAGUGCAGCAAAAUACACAGGGCUCCCUGGGGGUAAAACACCCUCAAUUUCUGUUUCAAACAGGACAAGAACAACUUUUCAACCAGGUAGCCACCUGUGAGAUUAAUGUAUUAAUUUUCAAAUUGUACCUUUUUUGUCUAAGCUGUAAAAACUUAAAUAGAAG